AUAAUCCGUUUAAUCAGUAGAUCUAAUAAACAUCUAUAAAAGUAAUCUACUGUUUUAUCCGGUAGUAAGUUAUUGAUGUUUUGUGUAGCAAGAUCACGGAUAUGCAUAUCCUAACGGUAUUUUGGAUUUUUUGUGCAGUGUUCCUUAUGGUGGCUUCUUUACCAGCUCCUCUAAGCACUAAAACUGAAAAGGAUAUUUCAACCGGUAUUUCGGACAAUGUUAUAACAAAGGAUACAAGAACAUGUAUUCCCACUCCAUGGGGUUGUGUUGAUAUUAAUGAUCCAGCAGUUCGUCCAAAUAAACAACAGGUUAUGACAAAAGAUUCAAAAACAUGUAUACCAACACCAUGGGGUUGUCUCAAUCCGAACGAUCCUGCAGUUCGGCCUCAACUGAAGAAGAUUGAAAGUGAUAAUUUAAUAAACCAAUAGCAAUACAUUAGGUUAUAAUAAUAUGUUAUGAUUAAAAUAUAUUAGUAUAAAGUAAUUAAUAUGCAUUAGAAUUAUUAAAGCGACUGAUGAAU